AUGUCGUUGAAACAGGAAAUCGAGAUUUGGGUGCAAGCGAUUAAGCACUAUGAUGGAAACGAAUACGAUGAAGCAUUGCGGCAAUUUGAUAGAAUUGGAGAUACUUCUAAAAUUCUCUUCAACAUCGGUGUAAUCCACGCCACCCUGGGAGAGCACGAGAAAGCUGUCAUAGCAUUCCAAAAGGCCGUUAAGCUAGACAACUACUUCGCUGUCGCGUACUUUCAACAAGGCGUAUCCAACUUCUUAUUAGGAGACUUUGAAGAAGCUCUUGCCAACUUUAAUGACUCUCUUCUGUACUUGCGAGGAAACACAUUAAUCGACUAUGAGCAACUUGGCCUUAAAUUCCGAUUGUAUUCUUGCGAGGUGUUAUUCAACCGUGGUCUUUGCUAUAUCUACCUAAAUCAGAGGGAAGCUGGUAUGCAAGAUUGGGGAUACUCGGUGAAGGAAAAGCAAGUAGAUGACCAUGGUGUCAUCGACGAGGCGAUUCGUGAUGGAGGGGAGGGCUACACCGUGUUUUCAAUUCCUGUCGGGGUGCUCUAUAGACCUAGUGACGCAAAGGUUAGAAAUGUCAAAACAAAAGACUAUCUCGGAAAGGCGAGGUUAGUCGCAGCAACGGAUGCGAAUAACACUUUCACUGGUUUCUCCGGUACGGAGUCUAAGAGGAUUGUUGAACCAGUUGACGAUAGACCGACAGAGUCGCUAUCAUUCGCUGCAUCAAACUUAGUAAUCCCGAACAAAACUUCAAAGAGGACAGAAGAAGCUUCGAACGCAAACCCGAAUACAAGUAUUCCCCGAAGCCAAGAGCGACAGGUGUUCCCACCCACACCCCCGCCGGAGAAAGAUCCCGGUUCUAAUCGCCUUCGAGAUAAUGGCGCGGCUUUCCCAGUCAAACAAGCACCCUCUCGUCAAACUAGCAAGCGAGAUGCUGGGAGAGACAGGCGUAGGCGGGAUGAGAUGGGAUACGUCCCAGAAGAAGAGCAGGACGACGAUGACGAGCCACAACAGCCUUCUGGAAGGCGCGGAAGUGCCCGGAGUGAUAGGAGUUAUCAAAGUUCUCGGCAAAGGCCUCCUCCUCCAAGCUCGAGGGGGGGAAGGAGACGAGAUGAACAUCAUGAGGACGAGGAAUACUAUGAUGAUGUCUAUGACUACUAUGGUUCCGAGCACAGUGGGAGGGGUGGAAGCUCGAGACGACCAUCAGAAGGGUCACGCAGGGAGCCUCGAAGACAGCCGCCACCACAGUAUAACGAUGAUUAUCAAAGUGAUGGUGACGAAGACUUCGAGGACGACGAGGAGUUUGACCUUGUUAGUGCACGUGGUAGCAAGAGAGGCGGCAACCGUCGUCCCCUUGACGUGAGAAAGAUCAAUGUGAAGAUCCACUAUGAAGAAGAAACCCGAUUAACGGUGAUCACGCCCGGGAUUGGGUUUAAUGAGUUUACUUACAAAUUAAAAACAAAACUUGGCAUGGAACGGGCUUGCAAAUUCAAAGUCCGUGAUGAAGAUGGUGAGCAGAUCUUAGUCGCUGACCAGGAGGACCUCGACCUUCAGCUCUCCGCCUGUAAGAGGGCUGCAAAGCGUGCUAAGUCCGAAACGGGGAAACUUGAGAUCUGGGCCUUCGAAGCGUAA